GCUGGAAUGUCAGAAGCCCCGAGACGAGCCCUCCCCAAGGCAGUGCAGUGAGGGGGCAGGGGGCGAGCCGGAGCGCAGCCUAAUCCGCCCUGCCAAGUGCCUCGCUCGCCGCGGCGCAAAGGAGGGGAGCCAUUGCGCAAGGGGGCCUGGCGGGCGCUGCUGGGGGAGUGAUGCACAGGGCGCUGCCUGCAGUCCGCCGCCGCCGCCUCCAGCAGCAGCACUAGGAGGUGCCCCCGGGAGCAGCAGCUCGCCCCCUCCCCGCAAGCCCACCCGGGCACCCGCCCGCCGCACCCCGCUCCAGCCUCACCCCACCCCUCCAUUCCCUCCCUCCGCCAGAUGACCACCGAGAGCGGCCAGCAGCAGCUGGAGCCCCCGGCCCCUCUCCGCUCCUGCAGCCCGGCUCCCGGAGCUCUCCAGUCCGCCUUGAUGAGCCAGCCGCCCCCCUCCGCCCUGGAGACCUCCUCCUCCUCCUCCUCCUCCUCCUCCUCCAGCAAGAACAAGAAGGCGAGCUCGGGGCUGCGGCGGCCCGAGAAGCCCCCUUACUCCUACAUCGCCCUCAUCGUGAUGGCCAUCCAGAGCUCGCCCACCAAGCGGCUGACCCUGAGCGAGAUCUACCAGUUCCUGCAGAGCCGCUUCCCCUUCUUCCGCGGCUCCUACCAGGGCUGGAAGAACUCGGUGCGCCACAACCUCUCGCUCAACGAGUGCUUCAUCAAGCUGCCCAAGGGGCUGGGCCGCCCCGGCAAAGGCCACUACUGGACCAUCGACCCGGCCAGCGAGUUCAUGUUCGAGGAAGGCUCCUUCCGCCGCCGGCCCCGGGGCUUCCGCAGAAAGUGCCAGGCGCUCAAGCCCAUGUACCGCAUGAUGAACAGCAUCGGCUUCAGCGCCUCCAUCCUGCCCCAGGGCUUUGACUUCCAGGCGCCCUCCGCCUCCCUGGCCUGCCACGCCAACGGCUACAACCUAGACAUGAUGGCUAACUCCAUGGCCGGCGGCUACGACGCGCUGAGCGGGGGGCAUCACGCCCCUCACAUGUCCCCCAACCCGGGCUCUACCUACAUGGCCAGCUGCCCGGUGACUUCCAACGGGGACUACGGUCCCGACAGCAGCAGCAGCCCCGUGCCAUCUUCACCCGCCCUGGCUAGUGCAAUUGAAUGCCAUUCCCCCUACACGAGCCCGUCAGCUCACUGGACAGCAUCGGGGGCAUCUCCGUAUAUAAAGCAGCAGGCCCUUCCACCCAGUAACCCAGCCUCCACGGGCAUCCACUCCAGCAUGCCCAGCUACUCUUUGGAGCAAAGCUAUCUGCACCAAAACGCCAGGGAAGACCUGUCAGUGGGAUUGCCUCGCUACCAGCAUCACUCUUCCCCAGUGUGUGACAGGAAAGAUUUUGUUCUCAAUUUUAAUGGCAUUUCUUCUUUUCACCCUUCUGCUAGUGGAUCUUACUAUCAUCACCAUCACCAUCAAAGCGUCUGUCAAGAUAUCAAACCCUGUGUGAUGUGAACUUAGCACUAUCAAAUAAAGACAGUCAGGUGGCUGUUUAACAGAUUUGAGGUAUAGACGGACUCACGCAGAUAAAAUGUAAUGUGCACUCCUGAUAGCAUUGAAUAGUACACAAGUCACUUAGCAAAAUUACAUAAGGCAGCACUGUUUACCAUUUUGUCCCCUGCCACACCUUGAAAGACAGAAAAAGUUGAUGUAAUGCUCCAAAGCUUUUUUGAAAGAUUUUCUUUUGUGGGUGUGUAUGUGCUUGGGAGGGCGGGGGAAGGGUAUCUUUUAUAGGAAGUCUAUCCAAGUUAAUAAUAAAAUGCAUUUCUGUGAUCUCCAUUGUCCUAAAAAUUAGGGUCUGCAAAAGUGCUCAGUUCUAUCUUUUUUUUUUUUUUUUUUUUU